GAAUCUCAUUGAUUUGGUUCUCUUUUGCAUUUUUGUUGAAUAGGGAUGCUGGUAAAUUCAUUGCCAUUUUCUUCUACUUGUCAAACUGCCUUAUGGUGCUCCUUCCCAUCUGCUAUUGUUUCAACUUCAACAAAUUUGAUUCUAGUUCAAUGGAAUCCAUCAUACAGAAUUACAUCGCAGAUCAAAUUUCCCUCAAAGGAAAGAUGUCUUUGCUCUGAGUUAUCAGUUAGAACAUACAAACUACUAGCAACUAAUCAAGCACAGACCACCAUAGAAGAAGAUAAGGAUAGUAAUCUGUGGGAAGAAAGUAAACAAUCACUCUAUGCGUUCAAUUUCACCACAGAAGAAGCCGAUCGGAUACUCAAGAAAGCUUUUGGCUGGAUUCAUUCACCUUAUUGGGGCGAAGAACGAAGAAAAGAAACUCCUAAAUUAGAUUCAAUAAAAGAGAUGUUGGAUUACUUGAAGAGUUUAAGCCUUUCUGAUGAUGAUCUCCACAAGAUACUGAAAAAGUUUCCUGAGGUGCUGGGGUGUUGUCUUAAUGAAGAGUUGAAGGCCAAUGUUCAGACAUUAGAAAGGGAAUGGGGAAUCAAAGGAAAAACACUUACAAAUCUUCUUCUUCGCAAUCCGAAGGUAUUAGGAUUUAAUGUGGAUUGCAAAGGUGAUUGCAUGGCUAAAUGUACUAGAUGUUGGGUUCGGUUUUAGUAAAUUUAUCAGCAGAUUGUGUAGAAGAUAGUAGUUCAUACAUCAAAAGGUCUGAGAUUUGUUGGUCAGUAAAGCAGAUUUUAUUCAUAAUGUAAGUUCAUAUUAUGGAAAGGUUCUAUAUUAUCGUUUCAUUUGUAUGAGUCUAACUUACAGGAGUGGAAAUUCAUGUUAGUUUUGAGUAAA